ACUGCUUGUUAAGACUUUUAUCAGAUACGAUAAUCCAGGCUUAAAUUAUUCUUGAGUGAUUUCUGCUUAGAUCCCAAGGAUAAUAUAAGAUACAAACAUGAACAAGUAUCAUUCAUUCACAAUUUAUGUAUUCAUUAGUGGUUAUACAAUGAGAUGCAUUUUACUUUAGCUUACUCCACAUGUAAACAUCCCUUCUCUACUUUUUGCAUUUGAUGCAUCAAGCAUUGCUUAACAAUAAACUUGGUUGUGUUGUGUAAUAAUAAUACUAGUUGUUAGGCUCUCAUUUGAUCGACAUAUUUUAUCUCUGUGUGACGAUCAAAACAAAGAUUUCGUGUAAAUAAAACCAGUGGCAUCAUGAGUAGUUCAGAUUUAAAGAACAUUGAUGGUUAUUAUUUAAUAUCAUCAGCUAUAAAAUCACUGCAGGAGGAUGACAAUAUAUUUUAAUUUCUCUUAAGGUCCACCACUAUCAUUCAUUGGCGGAAUCCCAUUUAUUAUCAAUUCUUGAUAAUGCGACUUACUUUACAUGAAUUGUAUUGAAGAAGAAUGGGGUGCGUUAACAGUAGGGCGGACAUUAAUGAUCUUCACCCAAAUAUUUUUCAAGUGAUGAACGUCGAUGACCUGGGUAACUUGAUAACACCUGGUCAAUUAGAAAUCACAGAUUUAGACAUAGUUUUGUAUCAGCGUGGUAAGCAGCCAGUGAAGUGGCCCUUGCGCUGCUUACGUCGCUAUGGUUAUGAUGCCGAAAUAUUCAGCUUUGAGUCUGGGAGACGCUGUUCUACCGGGCCUGGCAUUUAUGCUUUCAAAUGUCGCAGGGCUGAGCAAUUAUUCAACCUUGUCCAAACUAAUAUUCAGGUUUGUAACAGUAGCGGGGAUGACACAAUAUCAAGAGACCUUCCAGUUGCUUCGCAUCCUGUAUCCACGGUAACGACACGAGUGAUGAUGCCUUUGGAGCCUAAUUAUCUAGAUCCGACCCCAGCAAGGAGCAGUAGUCGCAUAGGCCCAAGAUUUUCUCACAGCCAGCAAAAUGGAAUUGGAAGAUUAAGUAGCGUAGGAAGCAGUAGUGGUCCCAUGUCACCUCAAGGGACUAUGGGGUCUCCGUCGCCGCCGCCUAUGCUACCACCACCGCCGCCGGUUCCCCAUCCUCCUCCAUCCUCAAUCUACGUCAACGAAGAAGUGCUGACGUCAGCCACCAUUGAAUUAGAACACAAUAAUAACAAAAGUCUUAGGAGAACUAUGCAGAGGUCCUGUACAGUGAGUAGCAAUACAUCGAGUAGCGGUUUCAUCAUUCCGGAUCAGAUGACUAUAUCCACGAGUCAGGAGCCCAGCUAUCGAAAUAGACCGCCACCUCUCCCAUCGGCGUCGUACAUCAACGUCGAUCUGAGUAGCGAUGCCAGUCCAUUGUCUCCGUCACAUAGUAUUUCUGAGUCUACACCUUUAAGGGAAGAAUCCAGCGAAAUUGACGGAGCUGAGCACGCAUACAUGAAUAUCAGUCCUGGGCAAGAGAAUUAUGACACAGGGACGACUAAAACACGCCCGUCGUUAUUGCCACAAGUCCAACCUGACUGGGAAGACGAGCCUCGGCAUUGUUACGCGAAUCUUGAAUCGAGUGAUAUUGAAGGGUUGAAAAAGAGAUUUUCAGGAAUAUCGUCGACAGAAAAAUCUCCGCUGCUACCUACCACUCCACCCGCGGGGCUAGUCAGAGAGGUGAAUUAUGCUGUUUUGGACCUGGACCACAAAGAUAAUUCGUCAGCUGUGAGCCCAGAAGGUAAUGUUAAUACAACAAAUACUCUAGUUCCACCCGACUCACCUAAUAAGCCGUUAAAAGGAUACGCGACAAUAGAUUUUAAUAAAACCACGGCGCUUUCACAUUCUGUUAACCCUAAUCUUGUUAAUGACAAUGAGGGCUCUAGGAAAACCCGCCACAAUUCGACGAUCAACGACUUGACAGCUCCAUCUAGACAUAGUUCGUCUAUUAGCGAGUGACCCACACUACUAUAUACCUUUAUUAUUUUAGAGGUAUCUCGAAGAGAGUUUAUUUUAAAUACAACCCAGGUUCUUGUAUAAUAUGUCUGCUUUUAUAGCUUGUCAAAUUAAAAAAAAAAAUGUCUUCAUGAAGAAAUGUUCUAGGUAGAAUGUGAAUAUACGAGUUGAGUACUUUUUUAUAACAUGGGCCACGUUUCUAAGAAACGUUUCAAUUUUUUAACUGCGACUAUGUUAUGAACAUGAUAUAAGAUAAUGCAUCAUAGAAUGUAUGAUGGAUUGAUGAUUCUUGUCUGUAAAAUUUCAGUAAUAUGCGAGGUUGCUACUCACAAUUAUCUCAGACUCCGACAAGACUGGCGAAUAUGAAAUGAUGUAUUCUGUUUUUUGAAUUCGUUUUGGGACUUAGUCAAAAACAUUAAAUUAAACCCUGCCCCUUUAACGACGCUCAGUUUUUGAAGGAUAUUAUAGAAGUAACACAGACGGCACAAUUGCACUAUCCUCAGCCUUGUUAGGUCGAAAGUAACGUGAACUUCACUUUCGUACUUUCAAACCGACUGAAUUUUCAGUAAAUACUUUCGUAGAGUUAUAUAAUAUGAAUAUAUGAUGAUCAUUUCAAGCUGCUAAUAGAAUUUAUCUCAAAAUUGAACAACGAAAUAGAAGAUUUAAAACUAAUCAUCAAACUGUGACCUGUUAUCCGUGCAUAUAUUUUCGUCCAUGUGAUUCAGAGGCUGCGAUAUUGAUUGAAUAUGAGAAAUGCUCAAUGCUCUGUGAACUUCUUUCACAUGCUUCAAUUUGUAUAUAGUGUUCCAAUUACUGUUGAUAUUGUAAUUAGAACAUCUACAAGACAGCCAGUAACGUCUUGUAUUCUGUUUGAUGCCUUUUGAAGCUAUAUGGUACAUUACUGAUCUUAUAUCGUGUACAUAGACAUACUCGUAUCAAUAGUUUGAGGACAGUUGACACGGUGAUAUGAUAUGUAAAUGUGAUAGGUGUAAGGCCUAUGAAUUGAUAGUAAAUUAAGUAUCGCAAGGCUCGUUCGAAAGUGAAACAUAUGUUUCAAUGGGGAAGAGCUUGUUAGCCAUUAUGCCAAAUCAUGAGUAGCUUAUUUUUGGGCCACGUAAUUCUUAUGUCUGCCAAAGAAUUAUUCAAUAAAUUGAAGUAAAACUUAUGAAAUUCUUUAAUUUAGAGAAUUUCAGUUUAUUGGUACCAUAAAUUCGGAUAGUAACUAAUUUCUUUUUUUACAAAUCUAAGAAACCAAUCAAGUUUUUUAUCUAAUGUAAUGUUUACAUAACUUUUAGUGAGUAAUGAUAAGAUUCGUGGUCCGAGAAGAAAAUACUCAUUAAUAGCUUUCUUAAAUUAAGUAGACUUAGAAACUUUGUGAAGUGGUUAAUUUAAGAGGAAGUUUUGUAAAUAAAGUCGUACGUUCCUUCGCACGAGUCUUGUAUGACAAAAUAUUACGUAACGGACAAUUAAUAGCAGCGGUAAAUUAGGUAUAGAUAUGCCAAAAGAAUAUUAAAUGUUUGUAUGAUGCAGGCCAAAGAAAUUAGUAUAACCAGAUUGUGUUUAAUAAGCAAAUCGAUUUCUGGUACUUCUGCUGAGGACAUAAUAUCUUUUUUUUUGUACAUUCUUUGGAAUGCUCCUUCAGUUAAUCAAAAGCGCACUGCGAUAUUACAAUCAAUUUGGUGAAUUACUUUUUUAUUAACAAUGUGAAAAAUAAUGCCUUGAAUUUAGAUAAAUAUCAAUUGCUUUUCUGAUGGCAGCAGCUUAAAACCAAUGAUUGUCUUCUUGUCCUCAAUAAGAAUGUUUACCAAAGCGGCAUAGAGCAUUUGCUCUCUAAUCGAAACAAAUAAAAGAUGUAGAAAAAUAUUUUGUAACCAUAAAUCUCUAAAAAAAAGUUGUACAUUGGAAAAACUGGAAAGGCACAAAGUUUUUAGAGAUCAUGUAUACCAUUCCAACACGCAAUAUGUUAGACAACUGUAGCAAGUAAUAAUAAUAGGUAAUUCAUUAUUUGACUUCCACGGGUAUAAUUAUAACCAUCGAUUCGUUUGCAAUGAAAUGAAUAAUUGUACGCCUUUUCUCAGAAAUCAUCUUCCACUAUUAAAUGAUUACUCAUUUCUCAAAUGAGAUUUCAAUAGACGGGAUUUUUUUUCUUUCAACUCAAUUCGCCCCAGCUCUGGAUUCUGAUAUAUUAUCUGCUCAAAGUACAUUAUUGGAUUCUGGUUGCGGCUAUACAGUAAAGCAGUGCACCGGAAAAAACAUUUCCGUUAAAAUUCUCUGUUACAAGUCAUCAAUUAUAGGGAUCUCUGUUCUACGCGGACAAUAGAUCGCUUACGGCCUAUAUUAUGUUAUUUAUUAUUUUUAUGAGCUGUGCAAACCUAUAAUUAUAUUUAGAUGUUGAUAAUGAUUAUAAAAAACGACAUAUACAUGUUAUAUGACAGAUUAAGCUUUAGAUUAUAAAUAUGAAAAGUUUCGACCAGCCAAAGAGUUUAUCGGUCCUGUUGAUUCAGCUCACUGCAUAAUUUACUGUUUAGUAAAUUGCAUUUUAUUUUAUUAUUUUUUUUUUAAAUUUAUUACAUAUAAGUGCGCAAUGUUAUAAUCUACGACAAUAUUGUCGCAAGAAAUGGAGCAUCAACAUACCACAGCAGUCCUAUUUUGAAUUAUUGGUUUACCUGACCCGUUUUAGAACUCUUUCGAAACAUAACACAUUUAUUAUCCCAUAAAAGUAAUGUUACUUGAAAGAGUUAUCGUACUUGAAAAUACGUUCUAUAACUUCAGUUCUACAAAUUUUGUUCCAUAUUAUUAUUUGAGUUUCUUCCAAACGAAACAUCAGCAUAUGCUAAAAUGAUGUUUAUUUCAUAGUUGUAAAUUCUAAAUUAGCGUAAAUAAAAUGUCGAAUUAGCUAUAAUAUUGAUAAAUAGAUAAAGUACCUUGUUAGGUUGAUACAGCGCAAGUACCAACAAUAAAAAAGCAUUGCUCCAUUUUUCAGCUACAAUGACACAACCAUAUUUGCUAUAGGGAUGUACAUCGAACUGAUUUUUUAUUGAGAUAAUAAAUAUAUUAUAUGUAUGCAGAAUUAGAUAUUAGAUCUAUAUUACUAGAUAGUCAGAAUGGAGGACAAAUUUCAACUGCCAACGAAUUUUAAGUAAUGGAGCGAAACUGAUUGAAUAAAUUCGACCAACAAUUAUAAUUUCUAUAUUUGAAAAAAAUUUCGGAAAAAAUUCGCCUUGCUUCAUGAACAAUUCUAUUACAAUAUAAUCCUCAUUCAACAUUCCGCCAAUCUAACAAAUGACAAAACCAUCAAUACGUAGAAAAUGUUCAAUUUAGUGUUGAGUCCAUUUGAUAUUCGCAGUUGAGAUAUGACCUAAAACAGAUAGCAGGUAUAAUGUACAUCAGUAAUUCAUGGAUUUGUAAAAAUAAAAUUGAGACACACUGAUUUGCGAGUAGAACUAGAAGUCGGUUAAUCUUAAGAUUUGUCCCAGAGGUAGCAAUACCCGAGCAUUCAUUGACAAUUAAUUGACAUCGAAUAUAAAAUUUUUUUAUAGAAUAAUUUUUGGUUUUUAGAAUUCACUGACUAUUCAAUAUCACAGACGGUGAACUACUGACAUAAUACCAUGUAAAUUCAUAUUCGGAAGCAACAACUAUUCAUGUACCGGAAUCAACAUCGUACCGCUUAUCUCGUAUUUUUAUGAAUCCAUCACAAUAUAUCUAACAUCAAUGCAUAUUUUAAUAAACUGUAGCUUAUAGAAUUAUUUUAUAAAUAAUUGUACAUAAACAACCAAAGAAGCACAUCUCAUUUCGUUGAUUUGUGCCUCAUUUUGAAAUCAUACCACAUGGAAUAUAUGAAAAUGUUGUACAAAA